GGGGGUCACUGAGGGGACGUGACCUGCAAUGACCCUAGAUUCAGGUCAGGCAGGCUAAGAAACUAGUAGGAAGUGUCAUUCGCAAAAGUCGUCAGUUUCGCAGUGUUUGCUGCCCAAUCCUGGGUGGCUGGUGCUGUUGCCAUGGCGCCGGUUCUGAGCUCCCGCUGGGUUUCCUGCGACCUUGGCAGAGGGUCGCCAAUCAAAAUCACAUCGCUGGAAGGACAUAAAUCACACCAAGACUGUUCCGUUUGAGACUCAAUGCAAGUAGGAUCCACAACACACUUUUUUGAAUUCAGAAGGAAAAGAAGGAAGAUAGCUGAAGAGUUGCUGUAACAUCAGAAAGCACGGCAGGCGGGCAGGCGGACCAUACACCCAUCGCUCGCUACAUGGUACCGUGGAUUUACGCUCCUCGAGCCAGACAACUUCAAGAUGGCCCAGGCCAGCAUGCCCGGCGUGUCCCCCCAAAGCUCGGUGAGCUCGGUCGGCUCGGCACACCACAGCUCGUCAGGGGACAGUUGGGACGACCAGCGCUCCUCCAAUCACCAGAGUGACCGGUGCAUCACAGACCAGUCCAGUUCUGAGGAGAUGGAGCCAAGCCCCCCGUCCCCCCCACCCCCUCCCAGAGUCUACAAACCUUGUUUUGUCUGCAGCGACAAGUCAUCUGGCUAUCACUACGGAGUCGCGUCGUGCGAGGGGUGUAAGGGUUUCUUUAGGCGGAGUAUUCAGAAAAACAUGCAGUACGUCUGCCAUCGGGAUAAGAACUGUGUUAUAAACAAAGUCACACGCAACAGAUGCCAGUUCUGCAGGUUGAAAAAAUGCUUUGACGUCGGAAUGUCCAAAGAAUCUGUAAGAAACGACAGAAAUAAGAAGCGGAAAGACAAGACACAGUCGCUGGAGAAGCACACGCUAUCGUACAACUGGACGCCGGAGAUCCAAACUAUCAUAACCACGGUCAGAGAGGCCCACAUGGCCACCCUGCCAGACAUGGGCAAACUACCUAAGUACAAAGUCAAAAACGCAGCGGAACAGAGAGGCCCUACAGAUAUCGAGCUAUGGCAGCACUUCAGCGACCUGUGCACGGAAACCAUCAUCAAAAUAGUUCAGUUCGCCAAAAAGGUUCCCGGCUUCACCACGUUUGGAACAGCCGACCAAAUCACGCUCCUAAAAGCUGCAUGUCUGGACAUAUUGAUCUUGAGGUUAGCCACGAGACUGGACAAAGAGUCGGACACUGUGACCUUCAUCAAUGGAAUGAUGUUGUCAAGGACACAGAUGCACAAUGCCGGCUUCGGGCCUCUCACAGACGGUGUCUUUACUUUCGCUGAGGGAAUGCAGAAACUACUCUUCGACGAGACAGAAAUCGGCUUAAUGUGUUCAAUAUGUUUGGUGUGUGGAGACCGGCAAGGGUUGGAGGACAUCCAGAGGGCGGAGAACCUACAGGAGCCUCUGCUGGAGGCGCUGAAGGCCUACUCCAGGAGGAGGAUACCUGAUGACCCGCAGCGCUUCCCCAAGAUGAUCAUGAAGAUCACAGACCUCAGGAGUAUCAGUUCAAAAGGUGCGGAGAGAGUUAUAACACUGAAGAUGGAGCUGUCCAGCCCGAUGCCACCACUCAUAGCAGAGAUCUGGGAGAAGCAAAACGAAGCCCUCAGCUAAACCAGCUUCAACCAGCACCAACUGGUUUCAUCCAGACAGACCCGCAUUCUGCACACUGGUUACCGCCGGUUUUGGUUGUAGCUCAGACGUGUCGAAUCUCUCUCCUUGUUGAAACCAGUUGACUUUUAGCAAAAUCUAUUAUUGACAAAACUCUAUAGAUAGUCAACUUCUGCUAGGAUAGUCCGUCUCCUUUCCAACAUUCUGUGUUUCUGACUUUCUGCCCAGAAUAUUUAUAUGGUCAAAGCAAGAACAUGGUGUUUGAGCGCCGUGCAGAGAUCCUAUAGCAAAUUGGUGAAAGUUUGGACGUGUGAACAUGUAUGGAUAUAGAACCCCCUCGUGCUGCUUGUGUCGCAUGUUUUAUCUCCUUACUUUAAGGCGUGUCCUCGGUAAGAUAUUUGAAAGUUGUGGUUUUGAGUGACAUCGAGAGGUUUCUCGCCUUUUCCACCCAUCACCAUUACAGAAACUUGUAUUGAGAUAUUCUCUAAAUACCACUAGUUAAAAUCAAUGAAAUCUGCCUUUCAAUUGCUGAAACUUUCAGUGUAUUUCUAUGCUUUCCCUGAUGCUGCCCUUGUACCAUUUCACCUGUGCAAAUCUGUACAAAUAUGUUAAUAUUUGAGAUGUCUUUCUAAUGUUGCAAAGAAAGUUACAAAAGUUUUAAAAUCUUUUUUUCUUUCCAUUUAUGGCCUCGCAUAAAGCAAAAAUGUCACUUUUAAAAUGUUACUCAGAAAAUGACAACAAGGAUACUCUACAUUUUAAAGUAUUGUACAUGUACUCUUCUUUCUUUUUUAGAUAAGCCCUAUGUAAACUUGUAGCCCUAUGUCAUUUUGCUUGAAAAUAAUGUAAUGAGAUUAUUCUUCCCAUUUGCUUGAUUCUUGAGCUAUUACUGUCUACUUCUGUUUUUAGAUUCUAUUAAUUUAUGUAAAUACAUAUUUUCUGCUUGAUAUUUUAAGUAUGAGCCACCUCUCGUAGAUAGGUAGAAACUUUUGUUUCACUCGUUUUUAUUUGGUGAAGUGAACGCUCAUUCUGAAAGGACCAGUUACUUUUUGGCGACGCCUCAGGGGCGAGCCCAAUAGUAUAUUAUAUGUCCAUUUUUAAACUUGUUUUGAACAAGUACCCUGUAUACAUUGUACACCAAAGUCUUUUACAACUAGAUAUGUGAACAGUUUCUAUACAUGAUCUGUAUAUACUAGAUAUGUUGUUGCUUAUGUUACCAUAGGCCACACACUUGCAUAUUUUUGUUGAAAGAUAUCCAUUUAAUGCGUGCCUUUUGUUACGGAGGCCCUACUGUAAAAUGUUUUAUUUGGCAAUGCUAAUUUUCCUUACAUAGAUAGAUAUUUAUAUUGGAUGGAAUGCAUUUUAGUGAUUCAAAGUUAAAAUGCCAAGUUCCCCCCCAAAAGAAGCCAAACAAUUACAUUUUACAGUACUUAGGCUGCCUAGGUUAUGCAGUGCUUUGCAGUGCCAUACUGUUUCUUUCCCUUUCCAGAAAUCCUAUUUUAGAAGUCAGUACAAAAAUGCAUUUGUUCAUCAUGUUUUAUGAUAGUAUAUGACACCCACAUUUUAGUUACAAUGCAACAAGCAGAUGAUUAAUAUGGGAUGUACUGUUAUGUCAUGAAUUUCAAUUCUGAUUUAUUAUCAGGACAGUGAGUCUUCUGAGGUAAACUGACUUUCUUUACAUAGCAUUUCUACAAGCAGAUAUCAAUUUUCUUGAAUUAGCAUCUUUGUUUCUGGUCCAUUUCUUUAAGGAAAGUCAGAAACAAGUGAGAGCCAAUGAUCAAGGAUCAUUGUCACUUUAGCAGCUCUCAAUCUAUUUCUAGUAGAUCAACCUUUUGACUUUGCUCAUCUGACAUACUGUAUAACCAUAUUUUCAAGCUUAGAAUGACUGCUGAACCAGAACACAGGUGGUCUCCCACUUCAGUUCACUUGUGGUCUCCUCCAGGUGUUACAUUGCUCAACAUCUUCAGGGUAUAUCAUUUAGUAAUAUUCUGGUAAAGACAAAGGAUGUCUUUCAUCUCAAGAAAGGGGUACUUAAAAAUGUUACAGAUGCUUCUUUUAUUUUUGGGUAAUCCACUCAACUCAGGAACCUUAACCACGUUAUCUGUGGUGCUUGCAAGAUGUUGGUACAUAAGCUUGAUGCAUGGAUUGAACAAUGUAGUGAUCUUUGACUUGGUUUUAGGUCUAAUGUUUGUACACUACACUAUAGCAAUGUAGCUUUAUGUUUCCUAGCAACAAGGUCCCUUAGCGACAAGAACUUUGGGCUUCCAUUUUCUUUUUACAAAGCAUGUGUUGUGUUUUAUUGAACAAGACAUAUGUUGGAUAGCAAGUACAUGAACUUUUUACCACAUUUAGGCAAUGAAAUGUAUCAGAAUUUACCAUCAUUUGCUGUAGUUAAAUUUUUGAACACAGUAACCAAUGGGUGUCAAUUCAAGAAAUAGCAACUAGGUUUGAAUGCCAUAGUUCUAGAAAUAGUCACAUUAAAUACUAUAGUUCAACAAAUAGUUGCAUUCAAAUGCAUUAGUGUCAUCUGUAGACCGAAUCAUGUUUGAAAAUUAGAAGGUUCCACCGUUGUUACAUAUCAACCUCUCUGACAAAUACUUGUUAUCUUAUAGAUUGAACUGGUCUGUUCGAGGAGAACGAAUUAAUGUUCCUCUAUUAUAUGUACCAGUAGUUUGAAAGAAAAAAAAGGCACAGUAACUCAGGAACAUCUCUAAAUAGACUAAAACACAAAAAAGAAUUAUGAGGCUUUUAACUUUUCCAGAACAAAGAUCUAUCUUCAGCCAAUCAGGACUCAAGAAGACCUGUCAAUCAAGCAGAAUCAACCAAUCGUAGUAUAGCAGUUUGAGACUGCUGCAGGUGUUGAUGUGUUGGGCCAUUAUGUGUGCAUUGUGUCAUGAUUUUGGAUGCUAGACUGCCCUUGCACCUUGAAUGGUAGAUAAUAUGUAAUGUUCUACAUAUAGACAUGUGUUGCUAAUAUAUGUUGCACAGUGGUGUGAAACUUCUGGCCCUUCCACUCUCCGAGGAUUUGGAUAUUUAUACAAAGCAGCAUCAAUUUUAGCAUUUGUCUUGGACAGCUUCUCAGACAUUUUCAAGAAAACGACCUUUGUUUUCUCUACUCUGCUUCUUGUUGAUGGAAAAGGUUUGGGUCAAAAGACUGUAACAUACAUGCACACAGUAAGCAUUGAAGAUCAUGAACAUCUGUCCAAAUUUGAUUUAAGAUGUUUAAACCAUGUAGUUAAGCUUUGAAUUUUGUCUUCUUUUAGUGAGAAUUUCAUUGCUUGAAGCCUAUGAUAUGAUUCUUAUUCCACUAGGGUUGAAAAAGUAACAUAGCAAGUUGAUUAUGUGUGUGCAGCACUUUGAUAACAACUUACAACUUAUCUCAUACAAAUUGGAAUAGUUAUACGUACAUCGACUAUGGUACCUUUUCGAAUAGCGGAGAACAAAUAUGAAUGUGCAAGACUACUAGCAGGUUCAAGUACUUGGCCAGAGAAAUGUCAUAUUAGCCUUUUCCCCUUUUUCUAUCUCCUGCCAUUUGAUUGUUCCCUUUCAUCUUGUGUGAUACUUAAAUUUACUUAAGAUAGCAAAGCAGAUGCAUUGGGAUAUUAUUGUUGUUAUUAUUGUUAUUAUAUAGGAAAAGUGUACAGUUUUGUAGGACCAUACCACUAUAUGGAGAGGGGAGCUUGUAUUUACAGCAAAAAAUGUACAUGGUCAUAUAGCAAGCAAGUCUUUUGCUAACAUGCAAUAAAAUUGUAUAUAUGUCAA